AUGACUUUCUCGAUCCUCCGUUUCCUCCUCUUGGCGCCGAUCUUCUAUCAAGUCGUGAGAGCAGACGACAACAACACCAUCGCUCCAUCCUCUUUCGCGGGUAACAUCCCACCUUGUGCAGUAGCGUGCAUAACUGAGCAGGCCAAUAAUUCACCAUGUGGAGCCAUCUCCCAUGUCAGUUGCCUUUGCAACGAUGGAAACUACCAAAGCGCUAUAUCUUCUUGUAUGCAAAAGACCUGUGAUUCUACGGCUGCUAGCUCGGCUAUGACUUAUGCGACGAGCUUGUGUGCUUCGAUUGGUAUAAAUGCCGCCGCACCGACUUCAAGUUCAGCCAAGGAUAGCGCCCGCUCCGCAUCCCCGCCGGCUACCAUCCAUCCAUCCUUGGGUCACAUGUCCAUUAUCGGUGCAAUUCUCUUAUCAGGGGUCGCGCUUCUUGCGUAA